AUGGAGAAGAUCCUCACAAUUCUUCAAGAUGCGGAAUCGAACAAGAUUGAGCCACAAGAGAGCCAUGAAGACAAUGAGGAUUCGCCCGGACCCAAAGGAAAUAUUUUGCAAAAAGAAUAUCAUGCAUUUCUAGGUCUUAAAGUCGUUGAUUAUGACGUCCUUCGCUUUCUUAAUGAUGCAGAAGUCGUGAAGAAAGACCAAUCAUUCGAAAACAUAAAACCAGAAACAUGUGAAGUCAUCCUUAAGCAUUACGCUGAAAAUCUACGUCAGGCAUUGAUAGGGUCGAAAGAUAGCCCGAGUUUAGCCUCGAUUGGCGAUGCAUUUCUUCAGAGCCCCGUGAAGCUCCAAAAUCAACUUAGGCCUCGUUUGAAAGCUAAGGCAAUGCAGAGCUUCUCGGACUUUGAAAAAAUUCAGCAAGCCCCCAAGCUAACUUUUGACUUCCAAGACAUAAACCUACCGAAUCCAUUUAGAGGACGGGAAAAGCAUCCAAUGCAGCUCCGGAAAGGACUCAGUUUGAAGCGACGCCCAAAUAAUUUACUUUGUUUUUUAUUAGAUGACGAAAAAGUUCUAGCAACUUUUCUCAGGAAGUUAAAGAGCUCUUUGAAACCGGCACUCAUUUUGAACUUCAUGAAAUGCCAGUCUCUUGAAGGAAACGCAGCUUUCAAAAUUCUCCUAACAAAGCAUUUAAAAGAUCCCGAUAGCGUGUUUUUUAGGUCUAAUCCUUUAGACUCCUUGGGCGGGGUUCCACUCGACCAUUUGGAAAGUGAGUUAACAGUUCUUAAAGCAAUCGUGGCCCAUAAAAGUAACAUUCUACUGCGGCUCAAUUCGUUUGGAAUCUACCAGAGCAGUGUCCCCGAUAUCGACUUGAAGAGAGUCAAAACAUCUGAAGACAUAGUUAUGACAUUGGCUAGAUCAUUCGACCGAUACUUUGGUGCCUGUUAUAGACUAGAUGCGAGAAGCUGCGACGCAUGGGUCGCAGGCCUUUUGAAGUUUUAUCACGACAACUGGAACAGAAAGGAGAUCUUUGAGGCUUACUUCUUGGAAGGCAUUAACGAAUUUAGGGAUCUGUUAACACGCGCAACUUUAAGAUCGCUUCUGGCAAGAUGGUCCUCUGCAAAAGAAGGAAACACAGGAGAGCUACUUACCGUCAAAGCUUACUAUCCUCCUGAAUAA